CGGGUCUUUGUGGGUAGGCUCUAUCAACAGUAUGGCGGACGAUGGCGACAAAUCGAGUGGAGCAGUUGACACUAGUGGCGGGCAGAGAACUUCAGAGGAGUCUGACGGCUUCAGUAUUAGCGGGAUGCUGUUAAAUUUAAGUAUUUUAGUUUUAGUGGUUACGAUCUGCUAUGUUAUUUAUCGGCGAUGGGGUAAACGGAUUGGUGCUGACGCGGCCCAGGCAAGCGAGGCCUCAUCUCUUCCAAAGAUGAGAAGACGUGAUUUCACUUUGGAGCAACUUGGGGAAUACGAUGGACUUCAAAACCCCCGGAUCAUGAUGGCAGUUAAUAUGAAAGUAUUCGAUGUUACCACCGGCAAAAAGUUUUAUGGUCGAGACGGUCCAUAUGGUAUCUUUGCGGGCCGGGAUGCAUCGAGGGGUCUGGCCACGUUCUGUUUGGAGAAAGAUGCCCUGAGGGAGGAGUAUGAUGACCUGUCAGACCUCAACGCUGUUCAGAUGGAGUCAGUCAGAGAGUGGGAGAUGCAGUUCAUGGAAAAAUAUGAUUAUGUUGGUCGGCUAUUAAAGCCCGGGGAUGAGCCUUCAGAAUACACGGAUGAAGAGGACAUCAAGGACCACCUGAAACAUGACUGAACUGUUGCCCUGCUCUGUUCCGUUCUGUUCACACCACCAACCAAAGCCAGGACCCAAACAGCUGCCAGCGCCCGCCUGCCCCUUCCCCGCCCUCCUCUCUCCCCCGCCUUCCCUCCCCAGCCAUUCUUCCUCCUCUGAUUGGAUGGUCCAGUGGGCGGGCUCUGGACUGACUCCUCCCCUCCACCAUACAGAUCACCACCAACAGAAACCAAUGUUGACAAUCUGUUUCAGGGGGAUUUGAAGGACAUUAACUUGUCUGGGUUUUGUGCUGUUAGAAUAUCUGAAAAAGGAAAAGAAAGAAAACAUUGCUAGAAUUUUCCUUGUGAUGUCACGGUUCUCUUCAUGUAAACAGAAACAGAGUGGUUGUCAAGCUGAGAGGUUGUGAUGGUCAGAGAAGACUGGGUGGAAAGGGAGAGCUUUUAGUUUUGUUCUUAUCCCUCCCCUCAACUGCUUUAGCAUUCGAUUUGAACCUUAUCAAUCAAUUAAUCGAUUGCCUGUGGGACUUUUGUUGAAGAAAAAAACAUUUGUUUAACUUUCCCCAAUUGAAAAGGCAGUGCUGUGGCCUAACCAAAGGCAAUGAGAGGUGAGUUAUAUGUUCCUGUGUUGGUAGUGUGUACACUACUAGGUUCUCUCUGUCAACAUCUCCUUCUGUUUGUGGGGUUCCAUGUGAUUCUAUUUGUGUGUGUGUGUGGGGGGGGGGGGGGGGGGGGGGGUAGUAACAUAUUUAGAACCACUCAGAUUGUUUGAUUGGGAAUACAAAGGGAAGGUCAGCUGGCAGACAGUUCUAAUCAAUCAACCAUUUCCAAGCCACACUACUAGAUGUCUGUACAAUCCCCUGGACAUGAAAUGGGCAAAGUAUUAAUUGUGCCUUAUUUUGUUUUAUACUACUAAAAUCCUGACCAGUCUAAAAAGAAAAAGAAGUGGGAGAUUUGUAAAACUACCCUUCCUGUUUAUUAGUUCUUUAUCUUGGAGGUGUUCUAAGAGCAGUCUGCUUUAGAGGUAUCAGAUGAAGACAUGCUCUGGUCUUUAGAGGUAUCAGAUGAAGACAUGCUCUGGUCUUUAGAGGUAUCAGAUGAAGACAUGCUCUGGUCUUUAGAGAUAUCAGAUGAAGACAUGCUCUGGUCUUUAGAGGUAUCAGAUGAAGACAUGCUCUGGUCUUUAGAGGUAUCAGAUGAAGACAUGCUCUGGUCUUUAGAGGUAUCAGAUGAAGACAUGCUCUGGUCUUUAGAGGUAUCAGAUGAAGACAUGCUCUGGUCUGAGAGAGACUCCCCACAUCACAACCUUGUAUGUGUACAUAUAUAGACCUCCGUGUUACUGCCAUAUUUAUGUAGUUAAUGAUGAACUCCAUAUAUUUCUGUGUUGUAUUGGCCAAAAGCCCCAUGUUUUUUUUUAUUUUUUAAAUGUGGGUGAAUUUCCAAAGGAAUGUUGAAAGUGCUGUGGGGAGGGAUCGGGGAAUGUUAAAGUGCUGUGGGGAGGGAUCGGGGAAUGUUCAAAUUUGGGAAAGAAGUGGCUUGUAAAUAUAUCUAUCAUUUUAUUAAAGCAUGUGCAACAAUGGUGAACUAUGCUGAAUUCCUGCCAAGUCAUGUAUUUAAUGUUGGGUUUGUGUCUGCAGAGAGAGACCGAGGCAAGGGAUUCCUUCAUGCAUAAUAAACUGAUUUGGUUAAUAAUUCA